AUGUCCCUACGCGCGCCGUCAAAGUCCGACUCUCAGCCUACCGUUGAGCCCCCUCAGGAGCCUCAAGUUGCGCCGUCGGUGGAGGCCGAAGGCGCUAGGAGGCGACGCACAAAUGGCGGCUCGUCAACCCCCACGCUCGGCGCCCGCGCGGAGGAGGAAAAGGACGGGUAUCAACAACAACCAGGCAACAAGGGCAACAAGCGGCCGCGCUCUCCGUCGUCGUCGCUCUCCGGAAAAGAGAGCAGCCUCACUCCGCUCACGUCGCCCGCCGAAGUACGCCCUAAACCUAUCUUUCCUGCUCCAUCCAACAUCGCCCCGCGCCUUGCGCGACAGUUCAUGCGCGUCCAAGCAAAAGCGCACACCCCCGACCCCGCGCCUUCCAAACCCAAGAACGUGAGCCUCACGGAAUCCAUCGACAGCUACUUCGCGCCGCUGGACUCUACGGACGAGGAAAGCGAGGAUGAUAGAGGCAUCGGGAAGCUGGUCUGGGUGUGCCUUGACAUGGAGAGCCGUCUGGCGGAUGAAGGGAAGGGAAGCAACGAGGACCUCGUGUGGUGGCCGGCCAAGAUAGACUUGCCGCAACCAGCCAUGCGCGUCGUGCUGUUUGGAAAUCCGCCGGGACAUAUGGGUGCAUCAGGGGAGCGACGGUUGAACGUCCCCAGCCCUUCUGUGUCCAACGUACGCCCUAUGGCACUUGACGGUCGCAUCCGCUUCAACACGAACAAUUACAGGACCGUGCGUAGCGAUCCCUCCCAAGCGUCUCCACGAAAGAAGCGUAAACUGGACAUGGAAGAGUCGUGGCGAGAAGCCCGUGACCGAAUGGUUCAAGAGUACGAACGUCAGGAGAAUGGCGGAGAUCCUCACUCUUAUUACGCCGAAUCGUCCUCAUCCGGUAGCAAGGGGAAGGAGUCUACGGAGCUGGAAGAGGUUGAACAAGCCUUGUUUGACUUUGGAUCUAUCCCCGAGCGCCGCUGGCGAGCACCAUCCGCAGACCCGUUGCUGGAACUACCUGGGGAGCUUGUACUGGCGAAGGAGGGCAAGAAGCGAACGCAGUACUGGCCGGCUAAGCUCCUUGAGUACAUGAAACCCAAGAAACCGAACCAGAGGCCAAAGUACAAAGUGUUGUUUUUCGAUGGGAGCAUCAAGACGAUCGAAGCGGACUGGUUCUAUACGACUACUGACGAUGAAUUUUCGACCGUAUUUAUUGGCGACACGACGGGAAACUACGGCUUGGACCCGGAUAAAGACGAGUUGGAGGAACUGGAAGGCAUGGAGAACUUCAGCGCCCCUUUCAGGCCGGACGAUGAACGGAGCUUGCGUGCAUCUAGUCCUGUACCUCUGCUCCCCGCGCCUCGACCAGAAGAGUUCCAGUAUGAGCUCGAGAUUCACGAGGAGUUCGAAUACGUCAAGCCAAUUCUAGCCGGCAUCAUGGACCGCAAGUACGGACCCGCCCUACGACGCUCUGACGACUUCAUGAGAGGGAGUGGGGCCCGGCAACGGGUGCUCGAUCAGGUUCCUCUCCGUGGAAGUCUGGGGGCGCGGGACAAAGAAGAGCUCGCUUAUCACAUACGUUCGUGGGCACGAAGACGAGAGUGGCGUCAGGCAUUCGGACUGCCGGUGGACUAUCCCCAGUCGCUGUUGUACCUGCCGAACAAGCCGACCACUGGACGCGGUUCUGGACGCGGAAAGAAGAGGAUACCGCGCGCGCAGGACUCGGACACGAGCGUACUCAGCCAAACAUCAGAGCUCUCAGCAGGGGACGGCGAGGCAAUGUCUGACGUUGACGCACCGCCGCCGUCUACGAUUCUCACAGAGAUUGAGAGCGAUGAAGAGCAGCAUCCAUCGCCAAAGUUGGACACCUCGCACCAGAGAAUGGCUUCGCAGAACACUGCGAAUGGAAAUCUCACGGCGGCGGAGGGAGAACCGUCGGAGGCUGCCAUACAACCUGAGAAGCUGACGGCCGAGACCGGUACCAACGGUCAAGCCACAGAAGGGAUUCCCGAACGGGCGCCACCGAAGAUGACUUUCAGCGACCUCGACCCGGUCGAAAAGAUAACGUAUUGCAACAACAUUCUGUUGCAAGAAGCAAUCUUGCAGAUACUUCUUUGGCGCACGGGGCAACGCACUGUCAUGGGACUGCUCUCCCCUGAAGAGGAACAGCGGCUCCAUGCCGUGGCGAUGGAAGAGAGCCUGAAGUCGAACUGGGUGCACGAUGUCAUUCGUCUGCGUCAGGCGAAGGAGAAGACAAUGCUCCCGUCCGGAAAGUCAACUGCAAAGGGGAAGGCGAGGGCGAAGGGAGGUGAUGCCGGCACGCGGGGACGCACGCGGCGGCGGGUCUGA